AUCAGUUUAAUGCCACACACCUUUGUUGCUAGGUAAACAAAAAUUGUGCAACUCUUAAAAUAGUGCAUCUAUGCUCCAAGGUUGAACCCGUUUAAAUAUUAUUCCAUAUAGGGAAGAGCUUUGCAUGCUUGCAACAUGGACCUGAGUAACGACCUUGCUUGCUGUACUUAGGUAGGUACUGCCGCUCGCCCGGAGAUGCGAAGUGGAUAAGAGCCGGAUCAAAUUCGGGCCCGGAAUAUUAAGCCGUAACUGCCACGCUGCUACAGCAAAUUACGCCCGGACCACCUGAUCGCCACUGCCUAACUACAUAGUACUAGUAGAUUGCUAGACUAAAAAUAUUCACCCCACCAAAAUUUCUACGCCUAGGAAAUCUUCGACUCAACUUACCUAAUACACUAUAUGUGAAAGCAAUCACUUGGUGACCUCUAUCACUACGGCUACGAGAUUCUCGUCUUCUUCAAGAACGUAAUACCUAUAAUACCUGCCAUCGUAUUUACCAUCCAAGUAGUCGCCGCCGCCGCUUGCCAUGGGUGUCACUAACAAGCGCACUCUCACCAAGACUCGUCGCAAGACGAGGGACAUCGACCAGAUCAAAGCCGACCUCCGCUCGCCGAAACAUCUAGCCCAAUUCAAGAACACGAAGGCGGCAGAAGAUCUCCCCGGCCUAGGAAAAUGGUACUGCACCGAAUGCGCAAAAUGGUACGAGUCGGAACAUAGUCUCGUCGUCCACAGGAAGGGAAAGCCUCAUAAGAGAAGAGUCAAGCAACUUCGCGAGGAGCCGUACACUCAGAAGGAGGCCGAGGCCGCUGUCGGUAUAAGCACCGAUAAUCAAGGCCCCUACCGAACCGAGAGCGGUGUCGAUAACGAGAUUACCAUGUCAACAUGAGCGGCUAAAUCCCACCGCGAAAACUUCCUAUGAUGACAGGCAUCUGCGACGUUCAAUUAAUUCAUAAGCGUUAUCCAUGAAGCAUAAGUUGGGGCGCCUUAUGGAGUGCGCCAAUGCGUUACAAUACUUCCUAAAGUAUUUUCUGGUCAAAUGAGGGCCGAUGCUCAGAUCUUAAGCUUGCAGUAUCUCGAGGGUUUUUUCAAGAAGUUGUCCGCUUCGCUUACUUCAAACCGCGGGCUCUGGGCUUGACGAGACCACUAGCUCGACCUCGGCCCGUGCCGGUUCUACCUCUUGACUGCGAGCCGCCUCUCGAGGGGGCCGGGACGCGGGAUUGACGAGUAUCUGGCGCCGCAAACUUCUUAGGAGUCGGCUUAGACAGGGUCGGAGGGUUCUCUACGAAGGAGGUGUCCGUAGUCCUAGAGAUAAUUAGUGUUGGCCCUGAGCCCCGUACCAAAUAUAAACAUACAUGAAUGUGGUUUCUCCGUCAA